AUGGCGAUCGGAGGGCAGGGGCCGUGCCAGUGGUGGGUCCCAGAAGAAAUUUCGUGCGAGAAAGAAAUUCGCCUGCCUGGCUGGCUGGCUGCCAGCCGAGCAGUAUAUUUGCUGCCGCACCGGCCGCAUGCAACUCUGCACCGUCGCAACAAACUUUUCUCCUCUCCUCUCCUCCGACUCCGAGCAGACGCAGAAGCAGGAGGAAGAGGAAGAGCAGCGGAGGAAAGGAAAGCAAGCCCUGCAAUGGGUCAAACCUCAUCUUUACUUGUGAAGUCUACUCUUAGAAACGAGAAUGACAGAAUUAAGUAUGCCACGUCAUCUAUGCAAGGAUUGUGCUCGUACAUGGAAGAUGCUAGUGCAGCUGUCCUAGAUCUAGAUCUUACCGGGUCCACAUCAUUCUUUGGUGUUUAUGAUGGCCAUGGAGGAGCUAAUGUUGCACUGUAUUGUGCGAACCGAUUUCAUACUGAGCUUCUACACGAUGAAGAUUAUCAGAACAAUCUGGAUGAUGCAGUGGGGCACGUGUUUUUCAGAAUGGAUGAGCAGCUUCGAGAAGAUGAUGAAUGGAGGGCAUUAGCUAAACCCCGCCGCCGUUUUAGUUUCAAUUUGCUAAAUUGUCUCAAGGCUCCUGCUUGUGUUAAGGGGUCAAUUGGUGUGAUAUGGAAUAUGGAGGCUGCUCUACUGCACUAUGGUACUCUCUGGAGAUAUGCUUUUGAAUUGGAAGUGGUAUACAUAUUACUCCUUUAUCCAAUUUUUGAGUUGGAAGUUGGAGUAGUUGUUAUGUUGAGUGCCUGGUUCAUGAGCUGGAGGUCAAAUGCUCCUAAGUUCUCGUUGGUCAUUGUACCUUGGAUGUUAUCACUUAUCAUAUUCCCAGAAUCAAGGGAACCCCUUACUCUGAAGGAAGCACAGCCUCUGUGGCUCUCAUUAGAGGAAACCGGAUCAUUGUUGGAAAUGUUGGUGAUUCUCGCUGCGUACUCUCAAGGAAUGGUCAGGCAAUGGAUUUAUCCACCGAUCACAAACCAAACCUUCCGGAUGAAAGUCGGAGAAUUCAAAAUGCUGGAGGGCGAGUAACCAGGGAUAGGAAAUAUUUUAUGUGUGCAGGAGAGAAAAGAUUUCAGACGGGCAGCUAUCGUGUUAAUGGGGAUCUAGCCAUGUCUAGAUCUAUUGGCGAUUUCAAUUUCAAGUCAAACUGUUUGCGUGCGACAGAACAAAUGGUGACAUGCAAUCCUGACAUUCGCAC